CGCGCCUCCGCCCUCGGCGUCGCACUUCCUGGCGGAGCCAUGGCCGCGCACCCGGCCCGCCUGCGGGCUCCGGCGCCCGGGCCCCGCCGCCCCGCCCGCCCGGCCCCGCCGCCGGGGCUCCCCGCGCCGCGCCCGUAGCGCGCCCUCUCAGGGCUGCCGUCUCCUUUAUCAUGGAAGGAAGCCGGCAGACGCGAGUGUCUCGGCCGUACAAGAUCAGCGAGUCGUCAAAGGUGUACCGCUGGGCCGACCACUCGACCACGGUGCUGCAGCGGCUGAAUGAGCAGCGCCUCCGUGGCCUCUUCUGCGACGUGGUCCUGGUGGCUGACGAGCAGCGCGUGCCGGCCCACCGCAACCUGCUGGCCGUGUGCAGCGACUACUUCAACUCCAUGUUCACCCUGGGCAUGCGCGAGGCCUUCCAGAAGGAGGUGGAGCUGGUGGGCGCCUCCUACAUCGGGCUCAAGGCCGUGGUGGACUUCCUGUAUGGCGGCGAGCUGGUGCUGGACGGCGGCAACAUCGACUACAUCCUGGAGACGGCCCACCUGCUGCAGAUCUGGACGGCGGUGGACUUCUGCUGCGAGUACCUGGAGCAGGAGGUGAGCGAGGACAACUACCUGUACCUGCAGGAGCUGGCCUCCAUCUACAGCCUCAAGCGGCUGGACGCCUUCAUCGACGGCUUCAUCCUCAGCCGCUUCGGCACGCUGUCCUUCACGCCCGACUUCCUGCAGAGCAUCUCCAUGCAGAAGCUGUGCCUCUACCUGGGCAGCAGUGACGUGCAGCGGGAGUGCGAGCACGACCUGCUGCAGGCCGCCCUGCAGUGGCUGACGCAGCAGCCCGAGCGCGAGGCGCACGCCUUCGAGGUGCUGGAGAACAUCCAUUUCCCGCUCAUCCCCAAGAACGACCUGCUGCACCGCGUCAAGCCGGCCGUGUGCGCGCUGCUGCCGCGGGAGGCCAACUGCGAGGGCUUCAUCGAGGAGGCCGUGCGCUACCACAACAGCCUGGCGGCGCAGCCGGUCAUGCAGACCAAGCGCACGGCCCUGCGCACCAACCAGGAGCGCCUGCUCUUCGUGGGCGGCGAGGUCUCCGAGCGGUGUCUGGAGCUCAGUGACGACACCUGCUACCUGGACGCCCAGAACGAGCAGUGGGUCAAGGAGACGCCCCUGCCGGCCCGGCGGAGCCACCACUGUGUCGCCGUGCUGGGGGGCUUCAUCUUCAUCGCGGGCGGCAGCUUCUCGCGGGACAACGGAGGGGAUGCGGCGUCCAAUCUUCUUUAUAGGUAUGACCCCCGCUGUAAACAGUGGAUCAAGGUGGCCUCCAUGAACCAGCGCCGCGUGGAUUUCUACCUUGCGUCCAUUGAGGACAUGCUGGUGGCCGUCGGUGGCCGGAAUGAGAACGGAGCUCUCUCUUCGGUAGAGACCUACAGUCCCAAGACGGACUCCUGGUCCUACGUGGCCGGCUUGCCAAGGUUCACGUAUGGCCACGCGGGCACCAUCUACAAAGACUUCGUGUACAUCUCGGGGGGCCACGACUACCAGAUCGGGCCCUACCGCAAGAACCUGCUGUGCUACGACCACCGGACGGACGUGUGGGAGGAGCGGCGGCCCAUGCCCACGGCGCGCGGCUGGCACAGCAUGUGCAGCCUGGGGGACAGCAUCUACUCCAUCGGCGGCAGCGACGACAGCAUCGAGUCCAUGGAGCGCUUCGACGUGCUGGGCGUGGAGGCCUACAGCCCGCAGUGCAACCAGUGGACCCGCGUGGCGCCGCUGCUGCAGGCCAACAGCGAGUCGGGGGUGGCGGUGUGGCAGGGCCGCAUCUACAUCCUGGGCGGCUACAGCUGGGAGAACACGGCCUUCUCCAAGACCGUGCAGGUCUACGACCGCGAGAAGGACAAGUGGAGCAAGGGCACCGACCUGCCCAAGGCCAUCGCCGGCGUGUCCGCCUGCGUCUGCGCCCUGACGCCACGCCUGGAGGACAAGAAGAAGAAGGGCAAAGGCAAGCGGCCCCAGGACCGCGGCCAGUGACCGCCCCCGGGCGGAGUCCUGGCACCGUUGUGUACGACUUCGCAGCUUUUUUUUACUUUUAUGAUUUUUGGCAUUUCUGUGACACCACAGUGACCGAUUAAAUCUUCUCUAUAACUUUGCAUAUCAUCCUGCUUGAAUAAUUAAACCCGGCCCCAGGCAGGCGCAGUCCCUGUGCCUGCCUGCUGCCUCCCAUGUUCCAAGUCCCUGGGGUGUCCCCUGACCAUCCCCUGACUGUCCCCCGUGAGUAGCUGGGGCAGGGGCGAUGCCCACAUUUUUGUAAUGAAACAAAGGGCUUUGGUGGGACAUUUCAGACCCCCUAGUCCACACCUCCCCAACCCUGGCUGAGCUGUUAAAAAAUCAGGUUCCUGGGCCCCACGUCGGAAUUGUCCAUUCUGAAACCACCAGGAGGCGGGGGGGGAAGUGCCUGGAACCCCUUGUAACCAUUUCCUGGAAUGACGGCCUCAGCCUCGUUCAGGCAUCCAGCAUGUUCGUCUCCCCAGUGGGACACAGAGGCCCCUGUGGGUGCCUGAGUGACCAGGGGUCACCCGCGUGCGCGCUGGGCAGCCAGGUGACACGGGAGACCUCUCGCCAGGGAGGUGUCCCCACCGGGGUUUCUCCUGCAGGUGGCUGCUGCUUCUAAACAAUCCUGUUGCUCCUGCUUGGUGACCUUCCGAAUUCUUGCGGGCUGUCGGUCAUCACGGAGAGAAGGCCCGAGGCUCUUUGUGAUCGUGUUUCUGUAAUUGUGCUUUUUCCUUUUGCUCUUUCCUGGAACCCACAGUUCUUAGAUCACCGACGCACUGAGGCCUGAAGAUCUCCAGGGAUUUCUCAGGAAAGAAGAGAGGAGCUCCUAGAAUUGUUUUCUGUGACUCCUGCUCCCAGAAGCCACAGGAGGCGCCCACGGCCUGAGGGCGCAUUGGCCCUGGGCAGGAGGAGGUGGUCAGGUUAGCCCAGCGCCUCCCCGACCCCUGCGCCAGGCGCCAGACCCCGGACCCUGGUCCCAGCCCACUGCUGCCCAGCAGCUUUAUGCUUCAGGCUGCAUUCCUGAGCAAGUCUGGAGCUAUUUCCCCAUCAUCCUUAAGCCACCGAGUGCGAGCACGCCCAGGCUCCUCCCAGGGCUUAAGCUGUUUCCGUCUGUAGGAGCCUUGGAAGUGGAUUCGGCACCUCCUUUUGGGAGGUGUGACCACCCCCCUGCGUUGGCUCCUGCAGUGACUGUAACAGACUGUCACUGCUGUGUCCCCCUUCGGGUGUCCGCAAGGGGACAGGAGUGGGCUGGGUUUUAAUCCCCAGCCAAGGGAGGGGUGAAUGAUCUAACUCUGGCUGAGGUCCGGUUGUAGAGAUGCAAACGCUUCAAGAUUUACCAUCAGCCCUGCUCUCGGAAUGAGCCUCUGGUUCACAUUCUCUCUGCUUCUCUGUCUCCUUGCUGCACUCCCUUCCCUUCUCCUGAAGGCCUGGGAUGUCUUGGAUGGGCUUCUUUCUGGGGUGACAGGGGAGCCGCGAGCAGGCGGGAGCUGAAAGCGUCAGUACCCAAAUGCCUGCCCUCUCUUGCGACCUGUCUGCAUUUUGAGCUGGUUCCGUGCAUAUGGAAGUUGCUAAAGGCUUACACGCUCUUGGGAGGUUCUGUAAGGUGUACAGUCAAACCAAAAAUAGUGUCCAUUUUCUCGGAGGCCUUUUAUACACCACUGUGGUCUGUUAAAGGCUCUGGGGAGUCCUCCGGUACCUGUUAAUCCUCCAUCAGCCCGGCAUUUCCAGACUUCGUUGGGUCUGAAACCCCACCCUCUCUUUUUUUGUCUCAAACCUACUCCAGCUCUCCAUAAAACACGUUUUGCAGAACUACUGCCAGCUCAGGAUAGCUUGCCCCUUCCUAUUCCAGAAAAGUUUCCUUAUUCGAAGACCCUUUAGAAGGCACAGAACCUGUGGUUUAUUGUUCCUCGCUCAGCCCAGGAGCGGAGAGGUGCUUGUUCAACCAGAGUCCAGGGGCAGGGCAGGGCAGGCCGCGCACGUAGAACCACCCGUGCUUCGGGGAGCGGAAGGGCUCUGACCUUAGGAAGAGGACGGCGAUGCAUUUUUAGCCCACGCCGCUCGUACCUUUGACGGCUGGACGUGUCCCAGGAUAGAGGUGUGGUGCUGGUCUCUGUUCCGACGCUCUUGUGCCUUGUGGGUCGCAUCCCGGGCCCUGCACCUGACGUUCUGCGCUGUCUCUCUUGGCGCCAUGAAGGAUGUUUGCCACGUCCACGCCUCAGAGUGGUGACCUGAUCGAGGUGGCGAGCGUUCUUUUAAAGGCGGACUUGAUGAGGAAGUGGCCUUUUGUAGAUCAGCUUCAAGAGCUGGCGGUGGCUCCACUGGGCUGAGAAAGGUUUGCGAGCUCCUCGGGGGCUGCGGAGGGGCUCGCAGUGACCCACGCGCAGUGUCUGCCCAGAUGCGGAAGAGCAGAGCGAGGGCGCCGUGGCCGGCCUCUGCCAUCUGUGUGUUUAAGACGGAAAGCACCGCGCCGUGCAGUCCAACCAAGAAUGCAGAAAACGGCUCGUCAGCCGGAUGAGCAGAGCGGGGGUGGGGGGUCCUGUGCAGGGAGCAUUUGAACGGCAGCAUCAUGGCAUAGUGUGGUUGCACAGUGGCAAGGGCCCGCGUUCUCCCGGCUGCCCUCAUGAGACAGAAGUGGCAGCUUUGGCCAUUCUUCGGGCGGACGCCGCUGCGCUGAGCCUUGAGGACUCUUGGAUCAUCUUAUUUCGAUCUUUCAAAAUGGGCAUGAUGGGCUUUUCUUCAGGUUUUGAUUUUGUUUCCUUACUUUUAAAGAACUAGAGGUUGGAGUUCCUGUCAUGACGCAGCAGAAAUGAAUCGAAUUAGAAACCCUGAGGUUGCGGGUUCGAUCCCUGGCCUCGCUCCGUGGGUGAAGGAUCCAGCGUGGCCGUGAGCCGUGGUGGAGGUCGCUGAUGCUGCUCAGAUCCCGCGUGGCUGUGGCUGUGGCUCCGAUUGGACCCCUAGCCUGGGAACCUCCAUGUGCCACAGGUGUGGUCCGAAAGAGCAAAAAAAAAAAAAAAAAAAAUUUUUUUUAAUAAAAAUAACUAGAGUUUUAACUUCGUAUUAGUAGUAGGUUUUGAGUUUGCUCCUUACCCAGGUUAGAACCCUGUCUGCUUAAGGCACUCGCGUAAUGAGAGACAGGAGGCAGGCUAGAAAAGCUCAAGAGCCCUCGUCUCUUAGCGUGGUCCUUCCGCUGUUUAAAGUGCAGAGAUGACCCUAGCAGCUUGCUUGCGCAUACGGCUCAAUCUGUUUUUACUCUCCUGCUGCUUUAGCAACCUAGAUUUUCAGGUCGGACUACUUCUAGAUCUUGAUCUGAGCAGAAAACCUCGGGCAUUUAUACUGGGGGCGUCCCUCCCCUCGCCCCGGAAUGAUAAGUUACCCUCAUGGCGAUUUAGAAGGGUGCCCCGUUUCACAUGGGAUCCCAGAGGCCCAAGGGGAGGGGAGUCCCUCCCAGGUCCAGGGUCCUGCUCUGAGUUCGGGUGAAUUAACCUGUGGUUCCGAGUGCCUGGCCCCUAACCAGGGAAGUGGAAGGACCCUCUGCCCCCUCCCCCAGGCCCUCCCCGCUGCAGUUAGCAGCCUCCUCCUCCAUCCUUCCUGGGUCCUUGUGGCAUGCGGCUUGGCCAGUAUCUCACCAAGCUUUUGGUUCUCAGAACCUUUGGCCAGGAUGCCAGACCCCUGCGCCCACACGUGGAGGGGCAGCUCCGGCCGUGUGGCCUGGACAUCUUCACUGUCCCCGUGGCUUCUGAGCUUCUUCAGAAGGGAAGGGGUGGUGUCCCGGCCUCUGACAUAAACCUUUGAAAUGUAGGGCAGCUCCACGGGUGCCUGCAGAGCCCACCCUGUGUGUCCGCCAGGCCUGGCAGCUUUUAAAGUUUUUUGAAAUGUUUUGAUACUUUUUGAUACCAUUUGCUAAUAACUGUUUUGUAGUUGCCUGCCGGGUUUUCCACCUCCCCCCUCCCUCGCCCCUGGAGCUAGUGCUGGACGGGCCGGGUGUCCCAGGCUCAGCCCCAGGGUCUUCCCCCCCCCCCCCCCCCCCGCGGCUGGGACUUGGAGCUUGCUCUUCUCCAGGCUAACACGAACCCUCGGCUCGUGUGAGGUCACACAUGGCCCAUGCGGAUGACCAUCUUAGGCCCCCAGCUGAGCAAGAGGGCACUGCUUUGUCAUGGAGACCCUCUAACACCCUGAGACUUUCUGCAUUCCUUCCAAAGCGCCUACCUCAACAGAGCGUGCAGAGUUGAAACCCGAGGGCUGAUCUAUACGUCCCCUUUCUGAUACGGGUCAUUCCUCAACCCAGGGCGUGGCCGGGGCCGCGCCUGUCCACCCCUUCUUUUAACCAGACUUGGUACCCUGACAUGCGCAAGAGCUGCAACCGUGAACCCUCUUGCGCUUGAUCGAGUUAGUGCCCUGAGUUUUGGAGGUGGUUCCUUUCUUUUUUCUCCAUUUUGCAUGGAUGGAAUUUGUGGCUUCGCAGGGUGUUUUGGGGGUCUCAAGAACUUAUCUUUUGGUGGCCUUAGUUAAAAGCAUUGCGUGAAUGCACAGAUAGCAGUGGUGGAGGGGGCGGAGGGAAACCCCCUCCCUUGUCACUCUCCUUCGAGAAGAGAAGAGAGCCUUAAGCCGUCUUUACAGAUUUGCAGUAAAGUCCUUUCGGCUCAGCUGAGCUCCAUCCUCAGCACCAGCCCCCUUGCAAAACUGGAAAGACAGUUGAUGGUUGAGUAAUUCAUGGGGUGUAUUCUGGCUACUAAUGUUACUGAAAUCUGUAAUUGUGUCUGUGCUACUUUUUUGCUUUGUGGCUUUUGUAUUUGUAAUUGGAUGACACCCAAAGCAUUUCUGUGUCUUACCUCUUCUUAAUUUUCUGCACGUUGGUUUUGUUUCCCCCUUUGUUGCUAACCCCAUAAAGAGUAUUCAGUUCUCAAAACACAUUAAAAAUGAUUUGCCUGCUA